AUGAUGAUAGACCUUGAAGAUGAUGAACUCUGCUUUCCACAACUCCUCAACUCUUCCUGCAGGAAGACCAUUCGAUCUCAGUCAGAAUCAAUGGUUAUUUACCUGAUACUGUCCCUCAUCUCUCUGAUCACUGUGGCUCUUAACCUGCUGGUCAUCAUCUCCAUCUCUCACUUCAAGCAGCUCCACACUCCCACCAACCUCCUCCUCCUCUCUCUGGCUGUCUCAGACUUUUUUGUAGGACUCCUCAUGUUCUUUCAGAUCAUCCUCAUAGAUGGCUGCUGGUUCCUUGGUGAUCUAAUGUGUGUCCUGUAUUUUCUUUUAGACUAUAUCAUUACAUGUGCCUCAAUAGGAACCAUGGUGCUCAUAUCUGUUGACCGCUAUGUGGCCAUUUGUGAUCCUCUACAUUAUCCCACUAAAGUCACUCAGACCAAAGCAAAGGUCUGUGUUUGUCUGUGUUGGAUUGGUUCCGUGAUCUUUCAGUGUCUGCUGCUGAGAGACAACCUGAAACAUCCGGGCAGGUAUAGCUCCUGCUCUGGAGAGUGUGUGGUUGUUGUUGAUUAUGCUUCGGGAAUAGCAGAUGUCAUUUUGUCCUUUAUUGGUCCUGUUACUGUCAUCGUAGUUCUGUAUCUGAGAGUGUUUGUGGUGGCUGUGUCUCAGGCUCGUGCCAUGAGGUCUCAUAUUGCAGCUAUCACUCUACAGGGUUCAGUGAAUGUUAAUGAAAAGAAGUCUGAGCUGAAAGCGCUAAGGACUGUCAGUGUCGUUAUAGUUGUGUUUCUAAUAUGCCUCUGUCCAUAUUUUUGUGUUACACUUACAGGCCAGGAUGCUGUGCUCAGUGCUUCCUCUGUUGCUUUUGUAAUGUGUCUGUUCUAUUUUAACUCCUGUUUAAACCCAAUCAUCUAUGCUCUGUUUUACCCCUGGUUCAGAAAAUCCAUUAAACUCAUUGUUACACUACAGAUACUGAAGCCUGGCUCCUCUGAGGCCAGCGUACUGUAG